AUGAGCAAACUAGUCCUCUUACUGAAUAAAAAUUCUAUUCCUAAAAACAUAAUUAAGCGUAAGAUAAGUCAUCAAACUGGACCGAGUAUUACAUUUCCUGAUCGUAUUAGUGCGGAAAAUGAUGCAGAAAUGUUGCAUAACGCUUGUAAAGGAUUAAGUACUGAUGAAGAAACAAUCACUAAAAUUUUAGGACAUAGAAAUCAAUAUCAACGUCACCAAAUCAGUGAAGCAUUUCAACGACGAUAUAAAAAGGAUUUAGUUAGUGUAUUAUGCAGUGCCACAAAAGGUGAUUAUGAAAGUCUCAUUAAAACUUUAUUUCGUGGAAGUCUACAAAUAUUAGCGCAUGAUUUAUACAAGGGGCUAAGAAAACCAGAUAUUGUCAAUGAAAUUAUAUGUUGUUGUAAUAAUAGUGAAAUUUUAAUGUUAAAGAAAGCAUAUCAAGAUGUGCUUCACGAAGAAGAACCCAAAAAAGCGUCACAACGUACACUUGAAACCGAUGUAAUUAAAGAGACUAAACCACCGUAUGAACAAUUAUUGGUUGCAUUGUUACAAGGUAAACGAGAUGAAGAUCCACCGGAAUUGUUAGAAGAAGCAUUAAGAACUAGAAACACGUCAAGAUUGAUUAAUCAUUAUCAAGUAGAUAAAGAUGUUGAAGAAUUGUAUUAUGCAGGAGAAAAACGUUCAGGUAAAGGUGAUCCAGAAAUAUUUAUCAAAAUUCUAACAAAACGAAGUAAAUCACAUGUGAAAGAAAUAUGGGAUUUAUAUUUAAAUAGAUAUCGCACCACAUUAGUCGAAGCUAUAUCGAAAAAAUUCUCUGAACCGUUUAGAUCAGGGAUAAAUACAAUGAUUAUGGCAUUGAUUGAUCUGCGACUACUAUUAGUCUGUCAAUUGUAUGAUAGUAUGUAUGGACUUGGAACACGAGAGGAUACGUUGAUACGAAUCACUUGUUUACGAUGUGAGGUUGAUAUGAACACAUUGAAAUCAAUGUAUCGUGAAUAUUUUGGGAAACCAUUGAUCGAGGCAGUCCGUGAAGAUACAUCCGGUGAUUUUCGUAAAUUACUUUUAGCAUUAUUAGGUGAAUAAUUAUAUAUAUAUAUAUCAGAUUUACUUCACAAAAAAUGUGAAAAUUUUGGACCAAAAAAGCAAAAAACAAAUUGUGAAUGCAUAUUUCAUAAAAACAAACUAAACAAACUAAACAAGAAUAAUUUUUUUUUUCAAAAUGCUUCUUUUUAUUAUUAUGAAUGAAAAAACAAUAAAAC